UUAUAAGGAAUGUCAACAUUACAAAGUCGAAAGUGCCUGUUAUCUUCCCCACGAUUUCAACAAAUAGUUAGUUCCGUGAACCAGAAGGGUCCGGUCGGUGUGAAAGAUGGCUGGGCAUUCAAUCUUGCUGGCUGCUGUCUCGGUCCUGUCUGCCUGUCAACAAAGUUAUUUUGCUUUGCAUGUAGGAAAGGCAAGAUUAAAAUACAAAGUUACACCCCCAGCAGUCUCUGGGUCACCAGAGUUUGAGAGAAUAUUUCGUGCACAACAAAACUGUGUGGAGUUUUACCCCAUAUUUCUGAUUACACUGUGGAUGGCUGGAUGGUAUUUCAAUCAAGUUUUUGCUACCUGUCUAGGUCUGGUGUACGUAUAUGCCCGUCACCAAUAUUUCUGGGGAUAUUCAGAAGCAGCUAAAAAAAGGAUCACCGGGUUCCGGCUGAGUCUGGGGGUUCUGGCCUUGCUCACAGUCCUGGGCGCCCUGGGGAUUGCAAACAGCUUUCUGGAUGAAUACCUGGACCUCAAUGUCGCCAAGAAACUGAGACACUUCUAACGUCCCCCUCUCCCUUUGCCCAAAUGCUUGCGGAAGCUGUUUCCACCGUGAAGGUUAUAUGGAGUCACUAAUUCAAUUUUUAAAAAGAAAAGUCUUUCUUUUGUUUUUCUUGAAAUGGCUUUGUAGGAACAUACCCGUUAGAGAAUACAUUGCCUGUUUAAGAAGUGAA